AUGGAAACCCUGCCGGCCCCUGCACUGACCACUGAUAUCAAGAUCACGGGCGAUGAUAUUCUUGUCGAAAUCGAAGACCUGUCUACACGGGAGAUCGACCAUGAUAAGGAGCGCAAGGUCCUACGGAAGACCGACUACGUGUUGGUCCCCAUGUUCUGUUUGUUGCUCACCGCGGCCUUUCUGGACCGUACAUUUAUUGGCAACUCUCGAAUUCAGGGGAUGGAGGAAGAUUUGAACAUGAAAGGGUCGGACUACAACAUUGCCCUUUUCAUGUUCUUCAUCCCUUAUCUCCUCCUCGACGUUCCUUGCAACAUAGUCAUGAAGAAACUGCGCCCCUCUCGAUGUCUAAGUAGUCUCAUGUAUGCAUGGUUGCUAGCCUACGCCAUUGGUCAUAUGGAUAAUGUUGGUGGGUACAGCGCUUGGAGAUGGAUCUUCAUAAUCGAGGGCUUUUUCACCAUCGUGGUUGCCAUUUUCUCCUUCUCUGUGCUGCCGGACUGGCCUGAACAGACUAGACACUUCACUGAGGGCGAGUGA